AUGUCAGCAGCAGCCAACCCCAACGCGCCCCUCGUGGGGGCAGCGCAGUCCGUCGAUCUGCGAACACUCGCAGUCAUCAUAUGGACUUGCUUCUCGGUUGCCACCCUGUUUGCUGCACUGAGACUCUCCGUGCGCUGGCGGCAGAACCGUCAUUUCCUCGCUGACGAUUACUGCAUCAUCUGCGCUUGGAUGUCCCUUGUCACCAUGACCAGCCUGCAGACGAGACAGCUCGACGCGCUUUACUACACCACAUAUCUGGACGCGGGACGGAUCCCAGUCACUGCCGAAACAGCUGCCAAGACGGAAGACCUGGCGCGCUGGCAGUUCCCCAUCAUCAAGCUGUUCUGUACCGUCCUCUGGUUCGUGAAGGCUAGCUUCAUGGCCGUCUUCUACCGACUGGUCAAGCCGUUCCCCGUCCGUCGGAGUCUGUGGUACUGCGUGGCCGUCUUUACCAUUCUGGCAUACAUCGGCUGCUGGGUGAUCAGCGCCUUGACGUGCAGCCGGCCAUUCGACUAUUUCAAAGCUGGGAAGUGCAACAACCCGCACGAGGUUUGGAUGAAGACCUUCCACGUCUUCUACGCCACCAGCGUCGAUGUUGUUUCCGACAUGAUGAUCAUGGCACUGCCGUUGACAAUCUUGCCCUCUCUGCAAAUAGACCGCAAGAAAAAGAUCGGGCUGGCUUUUGCUUUCAGUCUCGCCUCCAUCAUCAUCUGCGUCGCCAUCGUCCGCAUGAACCAAUCCAUCAAGGACCAAAAUGUCGACUACGUCGGUCUGGCCAUCUGGAGCGCCGUCGAGACGGCUACGGCCAUCGUCGUCGGCUCCUUGCUGCCUCUCAAGGCCUUCCUCACACGAGGGGUCACGAGUUACUACUCCUCUGCGAGCAAGAAAAACACGCAGAGGUACGGCAUACACCAAACCCAUCCCGGUGCUACGAGCACCUACGUACCCGAUAUGACGUCGCGGUCCGUCGCGGUAACGCAGUCAAUACCGUUGGACGAUCUGCACAGGAGUCGCCAGAUGAACGGCCGGAUUUACGUGCAAAGAACAUAUGAAACGCACGCCAGCCGCGACGACUCAUCCAGGGGGGACGAUGACGAGGUGGCCAUCAUCAAAAGCCAAGGAAAGGGCUGGGAGGCUUGA